GUUCAUUCAGGUUCCUUGAAAUCAGUCCUGAAGGUAAAGUUCCUGUAAUAAACUUCGAUGGGAAAUGGGUUGCCGAUUCAGAUGUAAUCACAAAAUAUUGGAAGAGAAGUAUCCUAGCCCUCCAUUGGUGACUCCACCUGAAAAGGCUACAGCUGGAUCAAAGAUAUUUUCUACAUUUAUUGGAUUUCUCAAGAGCAAAGAUCCCAAAGACGGAACAGAACAAACAUUACUGAAUGAACUAAGCCCCUUCAAUGAUUACCUCAAGGAAAAUGGUCCUUUUAUCAAUGGGAAAGAUAUAUCUGCAGCUGACUUAUCACUUGGACCAAAGCUAUACCAUUUGGAGAUUGCUUUAGGGCAUUUUAAGAAAUGGAAAAUACCUGAUUCACUGCCCUUUUUGAAGUCUUACUUCAAGGAUAUUUUCUCAAGGGAAUCAUUCAUCAACACACGUGCACAGCCGGAGGAUGUCAUUGAAGGUCGGGGUCCUAAAGUGGAGGGUUGAUAGUGAUCAUUCAUGAUACCAAUGGAAUAAAAAAUCAAAUUUUUAUUCCUUUUUGGUUUGGCAGGCUAUUAGAUUGUG